AUGGCGACUAGCCAGUCAGACUCAUUCAGCAAUGAUAGUGAAAUUCCUGAUUUGUCGGGAAGGGUCGCCAUUGUAACCGGAGGGGCCAGCGGUAUUGGAAAGGCAACUUGUCACGCUCUUGCGAAGAGCAAUGCAAAACACAUCUUCAUACUCUCUCGCAAUGAGAACUCGGGGAUGGCUGCAAUGGAGGACAUCAGAAGCAAAACACCAAACCCCCAGAUCACCUUCAUAUCGUGCGAUCUCUCCUCUUUCGCUUCGAUCCAAAGAGCAGCAAACACAUUCAACCUCAUCUCUCCGCGUCUUGAUCUCCUAUUUUGCAAUGCCGCGGUCUGCUUAGUUCCCCAAGGCUUGACCCAGGACGGCUACGAAAUCCACUUCGGCAUCAACCAUCUCGGCCACGCCCUCUUGAUCAAGCUUCUCAUGCCCACCCUUCUCAAAACGGUCCCAAAGUGGCCACACGAUGUUCGGAUCAUGGUCCUCAGCACGUGCAGGUGGAAUUGGGCGCCCGAGGGUGGAAUCAUUAUCGACGACCUCCAAACCACGCAACCUCAACUCACCUCUAAAGAGCGCUACGGUCAAAGCAAGUUGGCAAAUAUUCUAUAUGCCAGAGAGCUGGCCAGGAGAUACCGGACCAUCAAGAUAAUUCCUCUGCAUCCGGGGAUUGUGGACACGGACAUCAUGUGCCGCUUACAGAAGAAGUACUUGAGGGCAGUGUACCGAAAAUUGGGACACGAAUUGCUGACUCCGGAGGAAGGGGCUAGAAAUUCCAUGUGGGCUGCUACGGCACCGAGAAAGGAGGUGUUGAGUGGAAUAUACUAUGAUCCGAUUGGAGUUGCGGGGAAGGGGCCUAAAGCUUCGAUGGAUAGGGAUCUGGCGGUAGAGUUAUGGGAAUGGACUGAGAAGGAGUUGAAUAAAUUCUGUGGAUAAACUCGACUGCAAUUGGGAAGUGGGGAGAUAUCUUUUGAUUCUUCGAGGAACUUGCACAUUGUAUAGUUGAGAGAUUCGAACUGUGGAGUUGGGUAUUUCAUGGAUGAUAGGAGAGGCCGAAGUCACCACCUUUCCUACUCCUUCUUCCAUUAGAGAAUAAUUAAGCACUGCCUAGGCAAUUUUCACAGACCCAACCAGUACCCACGCAGACAAUUGAAGCAGUGGCAGACACUAUCUGAACCACUCUUCUUGGUCUCAUCAGAAAGCCGGUCAUCCCAUCUGAUGCGACUCCUUUUUUA